AUGGGGGCGCUGCUGGCGCUCUGCCUCCUGGGCUGGCUGCGCUGGGGCCCGGCGGGUGCCCAGCAGUCCGGCGAGUACUGCCACGGCUGGGUGGACGUGCAGGGCAACUACCACGAGGGCUUCCAAUGCCCGGAGGACUUCGACACGUUGGACGCCACCAUCUGCUGCGGCUCCUGCGCGCUCCGCUACUGCUGCGCCGCGGCCGACGCCAGGCUGGAGCAGGGCGGCUGCACGAACGACCGCGGCGAGCUGGAGCACCCGGGCAUCACCGCGCAGCCUGUCUACGUCCCCUUCCUCAUCGUCGGCUCCAUCUUCAUUGCGUUCAUCAUCCUGGGCUCUUUAGUGGCUAUCUACUGUUGCACCUGUUUGAGACCCAAGGAGCCCUCGCAGCAGCCAAUCCGCUUCUCACUCCGCAGCUAUCAGACAGAGACCCUGCCCAUGAUCUUGACCUCCACGAGCCUCAGGACACCUUCCAGACAGUCCAGCACAGCCACCAGCUCCAGCUCCACAGGUGGCUCCAUCCGACGAUUCUCCUUCGCCAGGGCAGAGCCCAGCUGCCUGGUGCCCUCACCUCCCCCGCCUUAUACCACAGGCCAUCCAAUCCACCUGACGCAGCCAUCCGGUUUCCUGGUGUCACCUCAGUAUUUCGCUUACCCCCUUCAGCAGGAGCCCCCGCUGCCUGGGAAGAGCUGUCCAGACUUCAGCUCCAGUUGA